AUGUCUAAAGAACCCCACUGCAGUGUUAAAAUCUGCGGCAUCACCUCCAUUCAUGAUGCUCGACUUGCCGCUGAUGCGGGCGCGGAUUACGUCGGUGUGUUGGUUGAUGUUGCCAUAUCCGAACGAACACGCACCGCUGCUCAAGCCGCCGAAAUUGCGAGCGAGAGUCCUAUUCCUACCGUAAUUCUACUAUAUAACCGCUCAACGUCCGACAUCCAAGAAAUAGUCUCACAGGUUCAGCCGUUUGCCGUUCAACUCCUUGGACAGGAGUCGCCACAACAGGCGGGCAGUCCCAAGAAUGUGGAUAUACCGGCUGUUCGGGAGGAAAUGCAAGCGUAUCGGGAUGCCGGUGCGGAUUUCCUACUGUUUGAUAGCGUUGAUAUGAGUCUUGAGAAACCGAGAUACGGUGGUACGGGAAAAACCUGUGAUUGGAAUGUCGCUGCUGAACUCAUUGCGGGGAGUCCACUGCCGGUUUUCUUCGCAGGUGGGAUUCGUCCAGAAAACGUCAAAGCCGCUAUUGAGACAAUCCGACCUCACGGCAUUGAUCUUUGUUCCGGCGUUGAAGCAUCUAAAGGUGUCAAAGACCCGCUUAAACUGGAACGACUUAUGGAACAGAUCGACCAAGCUAAUUAA